AUGACCCGCCGUGACCCGUCCGUCAUACACACCUCAUCAAAAGCCCCACGCUACAAACACAGUAUACCAAGUUAUCAACCGUUAUCAAGUUCGACUCAGCUGCCCGGUACCUGUUUCAUCACUACACUACAGCUACAGCUACCUCUGCCUACCAUCACGCACAUAAGCGGUGGUGGUGGUGGUGGUGGUGGCGGCGGUUCAGCUGUCCAUCCCAGCCGCCAAAAACCCCCCUCUCAAGAAACGGCACGGCACGGCACGAACGGACAGGUGGCAUUGUCCAUCAACGGCAGAUCGGUUGAAAUGGUUGUCGUUGUCGUUGUCGUUGCCGUUGCUGAUGUCGAUGUCAACGCUGAUGGUGAAAAAGGGAUUAAUGAUGUGCCGAUUAAGUUCUCUAGAGGUGAAUAA